UUCAUCCUUUCAAUUUUCCCGCUCUUGAAUUCCCUCCUAGUAUCAAACUAUACCAUAAAAACACUUCACACACACCACACAUAGGUACAAUAUCCAACAUGGGAAACUGUUUGUUGGGUGCAAUGUCUGAUCCAGAAACAUUGAUCAAAAUCAUAACAUCUGAUGGUAACAUCAUGGAAUUCUAUCCCCCAAUUACACCAAGUUUCAUCACACAUGAGUUUCAAGGCCAUGCCUUAUUCCCAACCAAUGACCACUUUUCUAAACCACUUUGUCAGUUCGAUGAGUUGGUGGCAGGACAGUCAUACUAUUUACUACCGAAGACUGUCCUGCCACCUAAAACUUUGAGACCUAACAUGUCCGUGGGUGACAGUGUUAUUGUCCGGCAAGGACAUGUUAGGUCUAUAAGUGUUCCUACAACACCUCAUCCUACUCCAUAUAGAAUGUCAUUGGAUUACCAAUACUAUCAAGGUGUAGGGUUGCUUCAAAAGGCUUCAACAGAAUCCUUCUCUUGUAGGACUAAUAGAAGCAGUGUUAAUAACAAAAGCACUAUUAGUAAAAGAAGAAAGAGUGUUGGAGUUUGGAAAGUGAAGUUGGUGAUAACUCCUGAAAAGCUAUUGGAGAUUUUGUCACAGGAGUCUCAAACAAAAGAUUUGAUUGAGAGUGUGAGGAUUGUAGCAAAAUGCGGUGUUGCGGCUGCUGCUGCAUCUGGUGGUAGUUGUGGAAUUUCAUCUACAACAAGAAGCUUUGUUUCCGAUCAAUGGAGUCUUUCUAGUAGUGGUAGGAGUACUGCUCCUUCUAAGAUUGAUGCUUUAGUUCUAAACACUUGAAAAGCAUAUAUAUGUGUGUGAGAUUCUUUAGAAGAUUUUAUAGAAACAACUUAUUUCUGUAAGUUCUAUAAGAUAGCUUAUGAGUUAUGAAAAUAGUUUAUAAAUUAUAGGAAACAAUUUGACUUUAUCUUUGCUGAUUUUGCUUCUUUGCAAAAGUUUAGAUUCACUUGUGAUGUCAUAUUGUAUAAUUUUGUGUGUUUGUUGUUUAAUUUAUACAAGUGGCAGAAAGUUCAAUGUUCAUGUUGAUUGCUGAGCAUAUCUUUAGUAUCUUCACCUUGCAUGGAUCAGUGUCCUUUAUCAUCUUAAAAGACUUCCUUCUGAUGUUUUGACAGAAAAAGUUCCAAGGCAUGGUAUCUUAUCUUGAUGAGGUAUGGUAAAAAGAAGAGGUUUUAGGGGCCAAUAUUGUAAUAGUAAUUGUUAUUUUCGGUCAUAGAGGUUGUUUUAUUUCAGUCCAAUGUUGAUGACAACCAACCUCUAGAUCU